GUUGAGUUUCAUAAAAAAAAAAGCAUAAAUAAAACACUUUAACCAUUUAACCAUUCUGCAUAGUUUUAGAACUGUAGGUUAAGGCAGUUUAUAAAACACGUUAAAUGAUGUUAGAACCACAAAAAUAAUGUAAGGUUAUGUAAUGAUUUUUCUAGAUUACCUAUAAUGUUGAAACCAUCAAAAGAUAGCGCGAGCGACGACAUUACCAACGCGUUCUCUUUGCGACCGGAUCAGGAGCAGACUCUAUGACCCAUCCGACCUCAACUGAUAACGAGAAGGAAGAGGGAGAUUAGAUAAGAAAUUUACCGGUAUCUGAAGACCAACAGCUGGUGGAGAGGACGCCAUGCCCCGGGCACUACUGAGCAGGCGAGUUCCUCUUUAUCAAAGAAGGGCGGCGUCAGUACACUAUCUCACUAUCUUCCACCAAGAGAAAGUGCUCCACUACGAAGACAACCUCAGCUACUGGGAGCAAGUUCUGACCGCGCUCGCGAGGAUGGGGAGAGUGGCAGGACAGGAAAAGAGCCGACGACACAAGGGCAGGGUCCAAAGAGGAGCUCCUAUGAAUUCCUGCUGUCCUGGUAGAAGGUCCCUGGUGGGGGUCUCCAGCCCCAACCGCCCCCACCACCACCCCCUCUCUACCCGCCCAACACAACAUCGGCGGCAGCCAAUCCUACCGGACGGGGGUGGUGGGGGCUAUCACCUCUCCAUGAGGUCCGGGAGUGGUGUACGUGCUAGAGCAGUAGCAGUGAAGGUAUCGACCGGUCUGUGCACGAGAGGAUCCCAAGCGACAACUGAAGAAUGGAUUAGGUUCUACACUCCGUCGAAUGUAA